AAGAGCCUGGCCGCAGAGUGGAGUGGUGGUUUGGUGUGACCUUUAACCUCUGCUGGAAGAAAGGAAAACCACUUCAGAGAUGGAGCAGGUGUCCGAUGACGAGCUGGACCACGGGGCCGAGGAGGACAGCGACAAGGAGGACCAGGACCUGGACAAGAUGUUUGGAGCCUGGCUGGGCGAGCUGGACAAGCUCACGCAGAGUCUGGAUGACGGCCGGCCACAGAAAGCUCUGCAGAAGCCGCCUCUGAGGCAGGAGACCAACAUCGCCAACUUCUCCUAUCGCUUCUCCAUGUAUAAUAUAAACGAGGCUCUGAAUCAGGGCGACUCGGUGGACCUGGAUGCUCUGAUGGCCGACCUGUGCUCCAUCGAGCAGGAGCUCAGUACCAUCUCCAAACCCAACUCCACCUCCCGCAGCCAGAGCAAAGGCCAGCCGAGGGGCCCCGGGGGCCGCAGCGCCAGCACCAAACACACCGGUACGAGUGGAGGAGGAAGCAGCGGAGGAAGUAGCAGCAGCAGCACUCGAGCGUCGCCGGCCAACACGGUACGAGGCGGCAGCGUGAACGCCCGGCCCGCGGCCUCCAACAUCUCCCUGGAUGACAUCACCUCCCAGCUGGAGAGGGCCUCUCUCAGCAUGGACGAAGCGGCGCGUCAAACGUCCUCUUCCUCCUCCUCCUCGUCUUCAGUCUCCUCCGCCACUCUCAGACGCCCCUCCUCCGGAUCAGGGUCGUCCAGCGGCGGGCAGCACCGGAGGACGGGGUCGGUGGGCGCGGUCAGCGAGCAGGACGCCCCGUCCCAGCGCUCCAGCAUUAAUUCGGCCUCGGCGUCCAGCAUGGACUCGUUGGACGUGGAUAAAGUGACGGCAGGAGAGACGGAGGACCAGAGCAGUCCAAGUCAACAAGGACAGAACCAGACCAGCACAGAGCAUUCCUAUCUGGACAGAGAAACCUCGCUCAUUCUGAAAAGCAUAGCAGGAAAACCUUCUCACCUCCUGACCAAGGAGGAACAAGCUGCCAAAGUGAAGGCAGAGAAGAUCCGAGUCGCCCUGGAGAAAAUCAAGGAGGCUCAGGUCAAAAAGUUGGUGAUCAGGGUCCACAUGUCGGACGAGAGCUCCAAGACCAUGAUGGUGGACGAGCGGCAAACCGUCCGGCAGGUUCUGGACAGUCUGCUGGACAAGUCCCACUGUGGCUACAGCCCAGACUGGUCGCUCGUGGAGACCAUUAACGAGCUGCAGAUGGAGCGCAUCUUCGAGGAUCACGAGAACCUGGUGGAGAACUUGUUGAACUGGACGCGGGACAGCCACAACAAGCUGAUGUUCAUCGAGCGCAUCGAGAAAUACGCUCUCUUCAAGAACCCCCAGAACUAUUUGUUGGGGCGGAAGGAGACGUCAGAAAUGAUCGACAGGAAUAAAGAAGCUUUACUAGAGGAAUGUUUCUGCGGCGGUUCGGUGUCCGUGCCCGAGAUCGAGGGAGUCCUGUGGCUCAAAGAGGACGGAAAGAAGUCGUGGAAGAAGCGUUACUUCCUCCUCAGGGCUUCGGGGAUUUAUUACGUCCCAAAGGGCAAAGCUAAGGCGUCCAGAGAUCUUGUGUGCUUCCUGCAGCUGGACCACGUCAACGUGUAUUACGGUCAGGACUACCGCAGCAAGUACAAAGCUCCUACCGACUACUGCCUAGCCCUGAAACAUCCCCAGAUUCAGAAGAAGUCUCAGUACAUCAAGUACCUGUGCUGUGACGAUGUCCGGACUCUGCAUCAGUGGGUGAAUGGGAUCCGUAUUGCCAAGUAUGGCAAGCAGCUGUACGUGAACUACCAGGAGGCCAUGAAGAGGACAGAGGCUGCCUAUGAUUGGUCCUCCCUGUCCACCUCCAGCAUCCGUUCGGGCUCCAGCACUGCCAGCAUUCCCGAGUCCCAGUCCAAUCAUUCGGGACACUCGGACAGCGGUGUGGACACCGGCUCCUCUCACGGCCGCUCUCAAAGUGUCGUGAGCUCCAUUUUCUCUGAAGCCUGGAAGAGGGGUACCCAGAUGGAGGAGAACUCAAAGAUGAGGACGGAAGCGUCCCGCGGGUCGACGCAUUCCUCCCACAGCCACCGACACCACAGCCAGCAUUCAGUGGACCAUCCGAUCCUCGUGCCGCCUCCGCCCUCAUCGGAGCAGCCUCCAACACCGACUCCACUGCAACACCACCAGCCUCCCCCGCCUCCGUCUCCUCAGCAAACCCCGCAGCCGUCGUUUCCUCCUCCGCCGCCGGAGCCGCCGCAGAGUCCCAGUCAGCCGCCUCCAUCUCCACCGCCGCCGACCAACAACAGCUACAACUUCACGCCCCCACAGCAGGCGUCACCGCAGCUAACUCCUCCUCCUCCACCACCUCCGCCACCUCCGCCGCCUCCUCCCCCAGUUCAUACGGUGUCCCACCACACCCUGCCUCCCACCAUGUACAAGUACAGCACCAUCACCCGGCUGCAGAACCAGAACUCCGCCCUGAACCAUAAACUGCCCAGUCACCUCCACGUAACAGCUCACAAAGUCCUCCCCCCGGUGCCAGCACCACCUAAAGCGGAGGUCGUCAAGCCCAACAUUAAUCAUAUCGCUGCAAGGACUAACGUCCCUCCUCCGCCGCCUCCUCCUCCUCCACCGUCCAUGCCAACCCCAGGUUCUGCCAUGGCCGUGUUGAGGUUGGGCCCUCCCAGCCCACUAGCUCCGCCUCCUUUCAUCCCUGAUCCUCCACCUGCUCCACAGACAAACUGUGCAGCAUUCCCUCUCCCUCCUUCACCUCCUCCCCCUCCGCCGCCUUCCACACCCGCUCCACUGUGUCAGACGGUCUACGCCAAUGGGCUCAAGCGGGCCCUGAAGGAGCGGUUCCCGAGCCCGCCACGAGAACUCCUGUCUCUAAAUGGAGAUUUUGAGGAUUCCCCGCCACCUGCUCCCGCUCCACCACAACCUCCUCCGCCGCCACCUCCUCCUCCCCCUCCUCCGCCUCCUCCCCCACAGCAGCUCCCAGUACCAGCCCAGUUCCCACCUCCUCCUGGACCCCCACCGGCGCCACCUAAAACCUUCACUCCUGGGUUUGUCCCUCAGACUACUCCCAAGCCCACGUCUCCGGUUUCUCCGUUCCCUCCUGCUCCACCUCCUGCUGCCAUGAGUGCGCCAGCCCCAGCUCCACCGCCUCCUCCUCCUCCACCUCCUCCUCCUCCCCCCACAGUGGGAUCUGUAAAGAAGCAGCUCAGCUAUCCUCCCCCUACGCUGCCCAAGCUGAACAGCCUGACCAAAACGAUGAGCACUUCUCCUGCAGGAGCAGCUCCUGCCAUGUCUUUAGUGAAGCAGCUUGCGAGUCAGUUUCCAGGAGCUUCAUCUCAAGCAGCUAAUCACACCGAGAGCCCCAAAGCCCCCCUCUCCCCCCCUGCAGUGAAGACCAAACCAAAAUGGCAGCCUGUGGGCAGCCAGCAGCUUCAGUCUCCCGAGUUUCCUCCUCCUCCUCCUGCAGAAAGCAAAAACUGCUUUCCUGCUCCGCCUCCUCCUCCUCCGCCACCUGUCUCAGGCCCAACACCACCACCUCCUCCACUUCCUCCUGGAAAUCUGGGCUCCCCCUUGAGGAGGUCGCCGUCGGGCUCCUCUAGUUUGGGCGCCAAAAAGCCUCCUCCCACCCCUCAGAGGAACUCCAGUGUCAAGUCCAACUCUUCCUCCUCCUCCUACGAGGAAUCCAGGAGAAACUUGCUCAGUAAAUUCGCUCCUCAAAACAACACGGCCCCUUCCUCGUGUUCUUCCUACUCUUCCAACGGAUCUCCUUCCAAGGACCCUUCAAACGGACCUCCUGCUCCUCCUAAACCAGGAAAGCUCAACCUGGCUAACCUGCCUUUGGCCCUCCAGGCCAAAGUGAGCCAGGCCAAGCAGGUCAGCGGCGACUUCCCUUCUCCACCACCGGACUGUGCCUACUUUCCACCUCCUCCCCCAGCCUCUGAACUCUUCCCCCCUCCACCGCCACCAGGCAACGACUCCCACGGCGGAGGAGCUCCCAGGGUAGCCGUGGUGAACCCCCAGCCCCAAGCUCCCCCUCCUCCACCCCCUGUCUCUCUUGUCAGCAACUCGAUAUGGGGCAAGAGCUCCCUAAAAAAAACUCCUCCCCCCACACUUGGGCGGCGCAGCAACACCCCCCAAGAACCACCUCCUCCUGUCUCUCCCCCGACGUCUCCGAAAGGCAGCUCGGGUCAGCCUAACUUCUUGGCGGACCUCAGCCAGACGCUAAAACGAAAAUCGGUCGGUCGCCAGGGUUCGGUCAACUCGGCGAGCCUCUCGAGCAAGUCGGACCCCACGGGGACGAUGGACGACAUGGCGCUGCCUCCGCCGCCCCCCGAGCUGCUCCUGGACGACCCUGGGAAGCAGAGCAAUGGAGGAAACGGCGGCUACGUGUCCGGGAACAUCUCAGGCUAUGCAACGCUGCGACGAGGACCCCCGCCUGCACCUCCCAAGCGAGGGGACGCGACUAAACUCACAGGGGAGUGUUGA